AUGGCCCAACGAAUUGCGCCGGCAUUGGCGCGCCUCGCGCCCAGACACUCCGCUUCUCGCAGUAGCUUCGUGGCCGCGACGUCAUGCCCGCGCCUCCUCUGCAGCACGCCGACGACCCAGGCGCAGGCGCAAGCUGCAUCAGCUCCGUUUCUAUCAGCUCCGUCGUCCUCGUCCGCAGCGCUGUCCUCAUCCGCAGCUCCGUUCCACUCCGCCCGGCUCUUCUCAACCUCGCGCGCCCUAGCCAAGAAAUCCGGCAAGGCGAACCUGUCGCACGCGCGCUCCGACAGCUCGCCGCCCGUGGCCGAGGCCGGGAGUGCGACGCCCACGGACGAGGCGUACGACCUGUCGACGCUGGAGGCGGCGAUCCUGCGCGCCAUCGAGGCGCUGACGCAUGAGUUGGCGGAGCUGCGCGCGGGCGGCCGCUUCAACCCCGAACAUCUGGAGAAGCUGCGCGUUACGCUGAAGGGCGCCAGUGGGAAGGAUACGGUGCGCUUGGGGGAGCUGGCGCAGGUGAUUCCGAAGGGGAGGGUGCUGGGUGUUGUUGUUGGUGAUGAGGACCACAUCAAGCCCCUGAUGACGGCGAUCCAGGCCUCAGGCUUCUCGCUCACGCCCCAAGCACCCACGCCCGAUAACCCCACCACCAUCACGGUGCCCAUCCCGCCGCCGACGGGCGAGACCCGCCGCGCUGCCCUCGACGCCGCCCACAAGGCUGAGGAGAAGGCCAGUCUCGCCGUGCAGAACGCCCGCACCGCGCAUAAUAAGCGCAUUCGUGCGCUCGAGGUCAAGCGCACGGUCAGGCCGGAUGACGUCGUCAAGGCGAAGAAGCUGAUGGAUGAAUGUGCCAAGAAGGGCCAGAGUGAGGUUAAGCGUAUUGUCGAUGGCGCGAGGAGGGUGCUGGAGAGUGCGUAG